AUGGACAAUUAUCCAAUGCCAAAUGCACAGGACUUGUUUGCAUCGUUAGCAGGAGGACGGUUCUUUACACGUCUGGAUAUGAAACAAGCUUACAUGCAGAUGCGAGUGGAUGCAAGCAGCCAAAGGUAUUUGACUAUCAACACUGCCAAGGGCCUGUUUGCGUACACUCGUAUGCCCUUUGGUAUUUCGACUGCACCCGGAAUUUGGCAGCGAGCAAUGGACAACGUUCUUACGGGAAUGCCAGGAGUGUCCUGUUAUUUAGACGACAUUCUGAUUGUGGGCCAAUCCGAAGAACAACAUGACGAACGUCUUCAUCAAGUCUUGGAAAGACUGAGUCAAGCGGGACUUCGUCUGAAAAGAGAAAAGUGUGAGUUCAAGAAAACUAGAGUUGAGUACCUUGGUUACGUUGUGGAUGAGCAUGGACUUAGACCGGCUGAGAAAAAGCUGGCAGCAAUACGACAAGCUCCAGAGCCAAGUAACACAACCGAGCUAAGGGCAUUCUUAGGCCUAUUGAAUUAUUAUGGAAGGUUCUUGCCUAACCUCUCAACCAUGCUACAACCACUGUAUAGUCUGCUGCAGAAGAACACAUCGUGGGAAUGGGGUGCAAAACAAGCAAAGGCUUUCCGGCAAGCCAAACAGAAUUUGUUGGAAUCGGAUUUCUUGACGCAUUAUGACUUGAAGAAACCGGUACGUCUUGCUUGCGAUGCUUCAUCGUAUGGAGUGGGAGCCUGUCUCACACAUGUAAUGUCAGACGGUAGUGAGCAACCAAUCGCUUUUGCUUCACGAACCUUGACCACGGCAGAAAGAGGAUAUGCUCAAUUGGAACGAGAAGCGUUAGCACUCAUCUUUGGAGUGCGACAAUUUCAUAAAUAUUUGGUGGGAAGGUCAUUCACACUUGUAACUGACCAUCGACCACUGUUGAAGAUAUUGGGUCCGAAAGAGGGAGUACCUACUCUAGCAGCGGCUCGACUACAGCGUUGGUCACUAAUUCUAAGUGCUUAUCAAUACAACCUCGAAUACACAUCAGGAGUGAGCAACAAAGAAGCUGAUCUACUUUCGAGACUACCCAUUCCAGUCAACGUAGUGGAUCCUAAUGAGAAAAUCUAUGCUAUUGAUCAUUGUGAGCAGUUACCUGUUACAGCGCAAGACAUUGCUAAGGAACUGCAGCGAGACUCCAUACUACGACAAGUUUACGAGUACACUUUGGGUGGAUGGAAGCCUAAUGUAAGUACACAGUUACUGCCGUAUGCACGACGAGCGGAUGAGCUUACAAUUGAAGACGGGUGUCUACUGUGGGGGAAUCGUGUAAUUAUUCCAACCAAGCUUCAAGGCACAGUGUUACAAGAGAUUCACGAAGGUCAUAUUGGCCUCUGUCGAAUGAAAUCUCUAACACGGAGUUUCGUGUGGUGGCCAAGACUAGACCAAGAUCUAGAGGAGGUAGUGAAGACUUGCACAGCAUGUCAGAGUAUACGGAAUAAGCCGGCUCAUGUGAUGUCACAUCCAAGGAUCUACCCAGAUGCGCCCUGGACUCACCUUCAUGUGGAUUUUGCAGAGUUCAAGGGAAAGCAAUACCUUGUGGUAAUUGAUGCAUUUACCAAGUGGCCGGAAGUCCAUGAGCUCGGAAUACAUGCCACUACGACUCAGACAGUUGAAGCAUUGAGGAGGUCAUUCAGCUGCCAUGGAAUCCCUCAAAGGCUAGUUUCAGAUAACGGGCGUCAAUUCGUGGCAAGAGAGUUUCAAGACUUCGUGAGAGCGAACGGGAUUAGACAUCAAAGGACACCUCCGUAUCACCCUGCUUCGAAUGGGCAGGCAGAACGGUUCGUGCAGGAGCUCAAGAAGUCUCUGAAGAUGAGGCCAUCAGAUCGGUCAAUUAGUCAUCAGAUUUCGUUACUGUUGUUGAAAUAUCGAACAACCCCAAACACUACUACUGGGAAGACACCAUCAGAACUACUGAUGAAACGUGAGCUGAGAACACGGUUGACAUUAGUAAGACCAGAGAGUGGACGACAAAUUCGAGACAGGAGACACAGUGGCAGUCCUCAACACACGUCGAGAUAG